GACACCUUGGACCAUCGUUGAGUGGUUCCAGCUUUCAGGGUAUAUACCCGCUUGACCUCAGUGAAGCACCUUGGUAAUUCAGGAAGAAGACAGGCAUGGAGGACAGAGCAGAGCUUCUGGCCACUGUCAAAGUCCAAUGGCUGAGGUCAAUGGUCAGUAAGCCAGGCCCAUCCUAGUAGGAUUCUGGAGGCCAGAGAGUUCAGACUCCAACAAAUACUGCCCAUUCUUGAGGUAGACUGAGGCCAAUCCAGCAAUCCCUGCAGCUUCCCUACAGUGACAGCUCUGUAGCUGCUGCUGACCACCAGAGAGGACUCUGCUGCCUGCCCACUUGACUGGCUCCUGAGGUUGAAGGCCUUUUCCAUGCUCAGCACUGGAAUCUAGGGAUGUUCUUCUGAUGGACCACAGGAGUUCAAGUCCUGACUCUGUCCCCACCAGGCUGUGUGACCUUGGGCAAAAGGAGGGCAAUUGGAAAAUCAUUUCCAUAAAUACAGGCUGUGACUACGUAUCACAAAAAGGAAUAGGAUGCCUUGGGAUAGCAGAUCUGGUGACACAGAUAGGGUUGUCCUAGCAGCUCCUCCUUCCUGGGCCUUCAGGAAUCUCUUACUGUCAUGCUCUGGCAACAGAAGCCCAGGGCCUGACCCUAAGGCAAGGAUUUGAAUGCAAGAAGUCUAUUUGGGAAGUAAUCACAGAAAAUACCAGUAAGGAAGAAGAAACUGAAACUCAAGGAAUUGAAAACAGGAUGCUACCCAUCACCGACCACCUGCUACACCUGCUGAGGCUGGAGAAGACGACGUUCCGCAUAUACACUGUGUCUGCCCUGCUCCUCUUCCUGCUCUUCUUUUUCUUCCGUCUGCUGCUGCAGUUCCUGAGGCUCUGCUGGAGCUUCUACAUCACCUGCCGCCGGCUGCGCUUCUUCCCUCAGCCACCCCGGCGCAAUUGGCUGCUGGGUCACCUGGGCAUGUACCUUCCCAAUGAGACAGGCCUUCAAGAUGAGAAGAAAGUGCUGGACAACAUGCACCAUGUGAUUUUGGUGUGGAUGGGGCCCAUCUUGCCACUGUUGGUUCUGGUCCACCCUGAUUACAUUAAGCCUGUGGUAGGUGCCUCAGCUGCCAUUGCCCCCAAGGAUGACCUUUUCUAUGGCUUCCUAAAACCUUGGCUAGGGGAUGGGCUGCUGCUCAGCAAGGGUGACAAGUGGAGCCGGCACCGCCGCCUGCUGACACCUGCCUUCCACUUCGACAUCCUGAAACCAUACAUGAAGAUCUUCAACCAGUGCACGGAUGUUAUGCAUGCUAAAUGGCAGCGUUUGGUGGAGGGCUCGGUGGUCUCUCUCGACAUGUUUGAGCAUGUCAGCCUCAUGACCCUGGACAGUCUUCAGAAGUGUGUCUUCAGCCACAACAGCAACUGCCAAGAGAAGAUGAGUGAUUAUAUCUCAGCCAUCAUCGAGUUGAGUGCGCUGGCUGUCAAACGGCAAUAUCACCUGCACCACUACGUGGACUUCAUCUACUACCGCACGGCGGAUGGGUGGCGUUUCAGGCAGGCCUGUGACACUGUGCACCACUUCACCACUGAGGUCAUCCAGGAGAGGCGCUGGGCACUGCACCAGCAGGGGGCUGAGGCCUGGCUGAAGGCCAAGCAGGGCAAGACCUUGGACUUCAUUGAUGUGCUGCUCCUGGCCAAGGAUGAAGAUGGAAAGGAACUGUCGGACGAGGACAUCCGAGCUGAGGCGGACACCUUCAUGUUCGAAGGUCACGACACAACAUCCAGUGGGCUAUCCUGGGUGCUGUUCAACUUGGCAAAGCACCCAGAAUACCAGGAGAAGUGCCGGGAAGAGAUUCAGGAAGUCAUGAAAGGCCGGGAGCUAGAGGAGCUGGAAUGGGAUGACCUGACUCAGUUGCCCUUCACAACUAUGUGCAUCAAGGAAAGCCUGCGUCAGUACCCACCCGUGACUCUUGUCUCUCGUCGCUGCACGGAGGACAUCAAGCUCCCAGACGGGCGCAUCAUACCCAAAGGAAUCAUCUGCUUGGUCAGCAUCUAUGGAACCCACCACAACCCCACAGUGUGGCCUGACUCCAAGGUGUACAACCCCUACCGCUUUGACCCAGAAAACCCACAGCAGCGCUCCCCACUGGCUUACGUACCCUUCUCUGCAGGACCCAGGAACUGCAUCGGACAGAGCUUCGCCAUGGCCGAGAUGCGCGUGGUGGUAGCGCUAACGCUGCUACGCUUCCGCCUGAGCGUGGACCGAACGCGAAAGGUGCGGCGGAAGCCGGAGCUCAUCCUGCGCACGGAGAGUGGCAUCUGGCUCAAUGUGGAGCCGCUAUCUCCGCGAGCCUGAGCAAGGGGUGCUUCUGCGAAUCCUGGGGAUCCAGGCACCAGCCAGAAAGGCCCAGGCCCCGCCCUCAACACCCUGGGGGCAUAGACCACUCCCUUGGAAGUGCAGGCUCAGCUCCUGUGGGACCGGAUUCUGCAGUCUAGCAGCUUGAUGGCGCUUGCCACCCUGCUCAAGGAGAGGCUCCGCCCACUGAGAGUUCGAACCGGCCCCUUGAGGUUUAGGCACCACCCCCUGAGUUCCUGCACCUGUCCUGCCUGAGGCACCACACUUGGCCACCCUACACCAGACUCAGUCCCACCGCUAGAAUUCUGCGGUUUUCCUGGGCCUCGGUCCUGAGGCUCCAGGUGCUCAGGCUAUGCCUACUGAACCUUCUGAGGAUGAGAACCCGAGACCCACCUCUCUGACUCAGGACCUACCAGGGUGACUUCUAAAUUGAGGACUUGGAAGCUGGAGCCUGAGGUCAGAGCCUGAACCGGUGACAUCACCCACCUGAGGUGCUCAGCUCAUAGGGGUGGCAGGUUGCAUCCCAGGACUUGGCUUGUUUGCUUUUUUGUUGUUUUGUAAACCCAGACCCUUGCAAGCUCCUUCCUUCCUCCUUUGUACAAAAGACCUUUGGUGAAUGUUCUGAUUUUUGUAGAAUAAAAGCAGGGGAUACAGACCUUGCCGGCCCCCCAUCCCAACCCCAGCUCAGCCAGCCUCUUAUACCUGUAGCCCUACACGGAUAUGAAGGGUUCCUUACAGUUGAGAAGUAACUGAGGGAAGCUGUGGGUUAGGAGGCUGGGAAGCCAUUUGUCUUAGGGCAUAAACUCAUUUUUGGGGACAGUCAUGCAUUUCAUUAUUUCCUCAACAGAACACUUAUUAAUUGUCUGCUGGAGCUGGGCCAGGAGUGCCUCUAAGACCAAUUCCUGCCUUAGCAGAGGGUUGGAGACGUACUCUGAACAAAUUCUGCAUGUAAAUGUUUAUUUACAAGCCAUGACAAGUGCUUCAAAUCAUGGCCCUGGGCUGUGCUCCUGCUCAUUGCUGGAGGAGGGUGAACAUAAAAGGGAAAUGGGAGAUGGGUCAGAACUCUUUUGGUACUGGAGUAGGAGAAGUUGAGUGGGUGACAAGGGGAGGGAAGAGCAUUCCAGGUAGAAGGAAGGGUAUCUGCAGAUGCUCUGAGUUGAGGGAGAGCACAUAGUGCUCAAGGAACUCGCAAGGACCUGGAGUGUUUGGAUCUGGGGAGCUGAGGCAGAGUGGAGGAAGGGUGGUGGACAUGGGCCAAAUUCACAGGCUUUUUACUGAGGGCAAUAGGGAACCAUGAGGGAUGUGUGAGCAGGGCUGGCAUGGAGGUGGCUUUUGUGAGGGGGAGGAUUGGAGGUUUUGAUCCUGGAAAAGAGGGACGCUGAGGUCAAGACAGGAAAGUUGUGGAUUGAGGUGAUUAGCUGUGGAGGUCAAGGGGAAGAACACUGAAGGAGGUAGCACCUGCUGGGAUUGCCUGUCAAGGCACUCCUGGGCUGAAUGGGAAAUGUAUGAGCGCCAACUGGCUUUAGGGCUUCAAGAACACAUCAUGUGUCAAACACCUCCUGCCUCUUCUCGUUGCAACUGCCAUAUGCCAGCAAAAAAUCUUGGUUUUGAGAAGUGACAUAUGUGGGUUCUGUUACAGGCAUGAGCCACCACACACAGCCUAUUAUUUUACUUAACAGAGAUGGAAACUGAGACCCCAGAAUGGUAGCUCUGGGCACGGGACUGCCCUUCUCUGCACCCGAGUUUUCCCUUACUGUGUGGAUUUUCCAGGAUUAUCAUGCUUGUAGUGUGCAUUGAGUUUCUGCUAAGGGCCCUGAGGGUUAAUGAAUGAGAGUAAGGGGAGGGAGCAUGUGGUCUGUGGUUCCCAGGACUCUGCUACACCUGUGGGAGUCAAUCUCAAAACACACCCAGGCCUGGUCCUUUUCACUGAGCUGCUGUGAGAACCUCUUUUCUCUUCUGAGUGUGAAGGAUGUUCCCUCUACUGGAUGGUUUGGAGACAACAGGCUCUAAGGAUUUCUUUUUUGAUUAGUUCAGCAUAUGCACUGGUGUUUGAGUGUGACUGUGUGACUGCAUGUGAAUUUGAGUGCCUGUGCGUGCGUGUGUUCGAGUGUAUGCAUGCAUGUGUAUGUAAUAUAUGUGGGUGUGACUGACAAUGCAUGCAUGUGCAUUCAUGUGAAUGUAUAUAAGUUUGCCCACAUGUGGGGUAACUGUCCACACUGGGCUGUGUUCCUGCUCAUUGCUGGAGCCACUGUCAGAGCCCCCUGCCCGAUCUCCAAGUGUGACCUCGGAAGUACUGGCAGAAUAUUCUGGAGAAAUGGUGCCCUUGGAAGCAUCUCUGAGUAAUUAUAGGUGGGUAUCAGCAGAUAAAUACACCUAUUUGCUCACUCUGGGAUCACUUUGAGGUGCAUGUUCUGUGCUGAUUCCUGGAGGUACCAGGCAAGGCUUAGCCUCAGUUGCCCACAGUGGAAAUGUCCUCAAAUAAGUUCCCUUAACUGCUGUGCUAUUCCUUCCUUCCUUCCUUCCUUCCUUCCUUCCUUCCUUCCUUCCUUCCUUCCUUCCUUCCUUCCUUCCUUCCUUCCUUCCUUCCUUCCUUCCUUCCUUCCUUCCUUCCUUCCUUUGAGACAGUCUCACUCUGUCGUCAUGGGUAGAGUGCCAUAGCAUCGUCAUAGCUGACAGAAACCUUAAAUUCUUAGGCUCAAGCAAUCCUCCUGCCUUAGCCUCUUGAACAGAUGGGAUUUCAGACAUCUGCCACAAUGCCCAGCUAAUUUUUUUUUUUUUAUUUUUAGUAGAGAGGGAGUCUUGCUCUUGCCCAGGCUGGUCUCAAACUCCUGAGCUCUGCCCAAGCGGUCCUCCCACCUCAGCUUAACUGCUAUGUUUUCCUUCCAGUCUCAGCUCCCCACCACCCUGCUGUUAUAUCCUUGGAUCACCUCCCAAAGAAACUGGCAGUUAAAAUUUUGUCUUAGGAUCACCUCCAAAUAAAGUAUUUGCACCCAAAUCCCUUGCAUCAGAGUCUACUUCCAGGGAACCCAAAGACACACGUGUUGGUUCUCUCCUCUCAUUGUGACCUUUUUACUGAGGAGGGACAUGAGGCUCAGAGAGGGCAAGUCACCUGCCUAAGGUUACAUAGCUGAACAGUGGACGAGUCCAGCUUUGGCCAGGGGUUUUUUGACUCUGAGGUGUGUGUUUGUGUACUCUCAGCUAAGGGACAUGGAAUGAACAGGGAACAAGUUGUAAGGGUAGAAACUUAAAAAGGAAAUACUCCCACUUUUUACUUUUGCUCUCCAUCCCCAACUCAACAGUUUGAUAUGAUUUCUUUCAGUUUUAAAAAAUUGCAUAUAAAAACCUUUUUUUUUGAGACAGAGUCUCACUCCGUUGCUCAGGCUACAGUGCUGUGGCCUCAGUCUAGCUCUUAGGCAGCCUAGCUCUGAACCAGGUUAUACUGAUUGCAUUUGUUAGGUAAAGUCCCUCUUAUAACUAUGUCUUGCCUCCAAGAGGUGUGUCUCACACUGUGACCCCCUACCCCAUUCCUCCUUCCCUCUCUUUGCUCCCCUAUUCCCUCACCUCCCACCAUGUACUAGGUCAUCAAUUGUCCUCAUACCAGAAUUAAGUACAUUGGAUUCUUGUUUCUCUAUUCUUGUGAUGCUUUACUAAGAAGAAUGUGUUUCAACUCCAUCCAGGUUAAUACAAAAGAUGCAAAGUCACCAUCAUUUUUAGUGGUUGAAUUGUAUUCCAUGGUAUACAUAUAACAUUAACAGCUUGUUAAUCCAUUUCUGGGUUGGUGGGCAUUUAGGUUGUUUCCACAGUUUGGCAAUUGUAAAUUGAGCUGCA